CGUCGGCAGCUGCCGGAAAUCUCGCGCCUCUGCUCGCACGGGGCGGCGGGGACAGGGGGGUGGGCAAAGAUGGCGGCGGAAAGGGAGCCCCCUCCUCUCGGGGACGGCCGGCAGACCGAGUUCGAGGAGCUGGAGGACGGCGAGGACCUCUUCACCAGCACCGUCUCCACCCUGGAGUCAAGCCCUUCAUCUCCAGAACCAGCCAGUCUUCCUGCAGAAGACAUCAGUACAAAUUCUAAUGGCCCAAAGCCUGCAGAAAUCAUACUAGAUGAUGACAGGGAAGACCUUUUUGCUGAAGCCACGGAGGAAGUUUCUCUGGACAGCCCAGAAAGAGAACCGAUACUUUCAUCUGAUUCUACUCCAGCUGUUACACCUGUUACACCAACCACACUAAUAACACCCAGAAUGGAGUCAAAAAUAGUGGUGGCUCCCGUGGACUUUGACAGAUCCAGGGAAGAGAUUGAAGAAGAAGCUAAUGGCGACUUGUUUGAUAUUGAAAUCAAUGUGUCUGAUCCAGAGAAAGUUGGCGAUGGUAUGAAUGCAUAUAUGGCAUACAGAGUAACAACAAAGACCUCUCUGUCCAUGUUUCACAAAAACGAAUUCGCUGUUAAAAGGAGAUUCAGUGACUUUCUUGGCUUACAUGCCAAAUUAACAUCCAAAUAUCUUCAUGUUGGGUAUAUUGUGCCUCCAGCUCCAGAAAAAAGUAUUGUAGGCAUGACUAAGGUAAAAGUAGGCAAGGAAGAUUCGUCAUCUACAGAAUUCGUAGAAAAAAGAAGAGCGGCACUAGAAAGGUAUCUACAACGAACAGUAAAACACCCAACCUUGUUACAGGAUCCUGAUUUAAGGCAGUUCUUGGAAAGUUCUGAGCUGCCGAGAGCAGUUAACACUCAGGCUCUGAGUGGAGCAGGAAUAUUGAGGAUGGUGAACAAGGCUGCCGACGCUGUCAACAAAAUGACGAUCAAGAUGAAUGAAUCGGAUGCAUGGUUUGAAGAAAAACAGCAACAAUUUGAAAAUUUGGAUCAGCAGCUCCGGAAACUUCACGGUAGCGUAGAAGCCUUGGUCUGUCAUAGAAAAGAACUUUCAGCCAACACAGCUGCCUUUGCUAAAAGUGCUGCCAUGCUAGGGAACUCAGAAGACCACACUGCUUUAUCAAGAGCUUUGUCUCAGCUUGCUGAAGUUGAAGAAAAAAUUGAUCAGCUGCAUCAAGAACAAGCUUUUGCUGACUUCUAUGUGUUCUCUGAGUUGCUCAGUGACUAUGUUCGCCUUAUUGGUGCAGUAAAAGGAGUGUUUGAUCAUCGAAUGAAAUGCUGGCAAAAAUGGCAGGAUGCUCAGGUCAUGUUACAGAAAAAACGAGAGGCUGAAGCUAAACUUCAGCUCGCCAACAAGCCUGACAAGUUGCAGCAAGCAAAAGAUGAAAUCAAAGAGUGGGAAACAAAAGUUCUACAAGGAGAAAGGGAUUUUGAACAAAUCUCCAAGACAAUACGCAAAGAAGUAGGAAGAUUUGAGAAAGAACGCGUGAGAGACUUCAAAACUGUUAUAAUCAAGUAUUUGGAAUCAUUAGUGCAAACACAACAACAGCUGAUAAAAUACUGGGAGGCAUUCCUACCUGAAGCCAAAGCCAUUGCCUAAGAAGAAGAAGAAGACUCUUCCAAAAUAUGAAGACUCUUUGGAUGUUUGUCCCAACUGAGCUAAAUUCCAUAGUGAAAAUCACUUUAAAAUUAUCCAAAUAAACCACUAUAUAUUUUGAAUUUAACAUGUGGCUUUUUAUAUACUACAGCAUUUUAUUAACAGCUGCAUGUCCUGACCCUCUUUGAAGUGGACUGUGGCAUGACAUUCUGCAAUACUUGCUGAAUUGAACACUAUUGUGUCUUAAUACUUGCACUAAAAUGUGCGAUGCAAGGCCAGAAAGUUAUUUUUGUUCUUUACUCUAUGUUCUGUCUACCUGAUCUUUAUGAAACAAAUUGCAUUUAUUAAUGUUCACAUAACACAUUCCUGUACAUAAUCAAGAUUUUGUGAUUUCAGUAAUAAAAGGGAUGUACCUUGUGAAACAUUAA